CCAUCUUGAAGCAGCAAGCCCUGGAAUUAGGGCUUUAAUGGUAACAUUGUGUGACAUCUCAAAUUGUUAUUGGGCUUCACUAAUUGCCCAGCAUUUGUCAACACUCUUGAGUGUCUUGAGGAAGGACAGCUCUAGCCCUCUCCCCAAUUGUUUGUUUUGAAUACAUACAUACAGCCUUAACAUAUCUAUUAUAUGACAAAAUGGUUUGGCCCUAAGGUUAGCCACACGUUAGUUCGUCCACACCCACUUAUUUACAAAAUCAAGCUGUCAAAAUGUCAACUCACAUUGCUCAUAAGCAAGAUGAAAACAGAAAAAAGAUGAUAUCAUACAUGCAAGGGAGCAAAUGGCCAUGAUUCUAAAACAAGACAGACAUGGUGAGGCAUCAAAAAAAGUAAGGUGGCACAUUGUUGUUGCAACAUACAAUCUGACAACAUGUGGUCCUUAUCAUGUACAGCAGCCUACUAUUGUAUAGGCUAACAUUACCUGGCUGGCUGGGGGCCACUACAGUAUGUUAUUUCUAAUUUAAGUGGUAAUCUACCAGCUGGCUAAAUAAAAGUAAAGAAUUAAAAUAAAGAUGCAACUUAUAAAAAUCUAUUUGUCUCUACCAUGUCACAAGCCCGAUGGAUGGUUUGGCACUGCUUUCAACAGAGAGCCAGUUGGCACAGAAUCUGGACUUCAAGGACCUAAAACAUGACUUUAAGGACCUAAAACAUGACUUCAAGGACCUGAAACAUGACUUUAAGGACCUAAAACAUGACUUCAAGGACCGCAAACAUGACUUCAAGGACCUAAAACAUUACUUUGCUGCCAAAAAGUACCACUGGAGGAUGGCGACAUGAGGGCGUUACUUCACAGAGAUCACAGUGGUGAUGUGUUUUACAUUUGCUUACUUAGUCUCCAUGUGUGAAGCUCAUCGUGUUCUACAUAAAAUCGACUUCUAUGAGGCUAAGCCUCUAUUCUAGGCUAAGCCUCUAUUUUGAACUUUUUUAAACAAAUCAAGUUGAGGUAACAAUAAAAGCACGGCGUUGAAUAUUCCAAGCCUGUUGUGAAGCGGAUUUUUACUUUCAUUGGGGUGGGAGCGAGGGCCUGUUGAAAUGAUUAUGUCCCGGUCCCCAGCACUAUGUGCACUCUCCCUGGCUGUCUCCAACUAAAGCACAGCACGGUGCUCUUCCAACGCAAGGCAGAGCGGCCCUCAUGUUAAAUGUCCCCACAGGACUCUCAUCUCUUCAAAGAGCAUGUUUUUGCAUGUGACAUGAUGAUCUGUGAUUGCACAAUAUGCACUGCUGGUAUUUGCACUCUUGCAGUUAUGUGUGAUAAUUGCGUGGGCAAUUUGAUUGAUUUUACAGUUUGGUGAAUCUAGACAGAGAUUCACUGUUUAGUCCGUAGCCUGUGGGGGAGAUGCCAGAGGCACGAUUUGUACCCCUGAGUGUUUGUUAUGUUUCUUUGCUAUUGCGUUGAACCAGAAAAUGAGGCUGGUGUGAUAGAAAUUGGUUAGUGGUCACUCCCUGUGUCCGUGCUUCUGAGAUACACUUUGCCGACUUUAACCACUUCAUACAGACAAUGUUGAGAACAAUAAGAAUAAUGUGAUAACUGAAUGUGGAAAAAGUGAUGACUGUUUAUUUUAUUUAUUUUACUGUUUCUGAGUCAACCAAUAGUUAGCGGUUGAUUCGGCUGUGUCAGAGAAAAGGAACAAUAUCUUUUCUCGCUUUCGCAAUAGAAGUAAUGUCUUUCCAAGUGAAACCAGAUGGAUCACAUAACAAUGCAGAUCAGUGACUGUUGUGUCUUAAAUCUCAGGCUGGGGCCAUGGUUUACUGAGACACUGGUAGUUUCAAGCCUUUUUUUGUCCAGAGGAAACCUGGGUGUGGGGAGUCUCUUGUGUCCAGCAUCCUUCUUUGAGCCAUACCACAUCCCUUGCACCCUUCUGCUGUUUUGUCAGACGGACCCUGAUCUCCGCAGCCUAAACUGAGCCGCCCCCUCCAGAUGCUUUGCCCCAGAGAGUUCACACAGCCCGCGACCUCCCCUGCUUUUAUCAUGCAGUAGGAAAGGCGGGUCUUGGCCAUGUUUAAACUGACUUGUCCAGAUAUGCUCGUGCAGAUAGAGGAUUGAGGGAAUCGGGUGUCGAGUGGGAUGUGGAGAGGGGAGGGGGGGGCCUUGUGUGUCAUUUGGCCUCGUGGUAAAGACUUCCUUCCUCUCCUUCAAGCGAGUGUGGAGCCUUCAUACUGCACUGGUCUUCCCUAAAGUGGAAUGUCAUAUACUGAAUAACAAAAACUGAAAAGGUGUAAGGACCUUACAUUGACAACAACAAACAAGGAGACCUGCUGUGUGCUGAUACUCGAAAUGUCUGAUGUUAUAACACCGCGGUUUGACCUUUGACUGUGACGGCAUCCAGUAGAGUUGAGAGAGGAGAGACUCUGGAAGAUUCACAGGACUGCUGGGGAAUCCUCAAUGCUGGUGGAAACCUUGACAACCACACUGCCCUCUCUCUCUCUCUCACCCCCUGUUUCCCUUCACCCUCCCCUAUCUCUCUCUCUCUCUUUCCCUAUCCCCCACUCUGAUUUUUCUCUCCACAAUACCUCUGGGAGGAACUCAGUUGCUGGCAGGAGAGGACUGUUACUGCCUGCCAAAUAAAGGGAAAGAGAGAGAGAGAAAAGAGGCAGAAGAGGCAGCUAGAUGAAGAGUGAUAACUAAAAUAGUGGAGAUGCUCCACAAACUGAGUAAACUGAGGCUGAGAUAGAAAGCACCGGAAUGACUUCUGAAGUCGUCACCACCAUCGCCAUGGUGAUGAUGGAAUAACCACCACAUCUUUCUUUUCACUGGAGGACUAUCUUUUUUGUAUUUUUUUUCUUCUUUGGUGCCUAUGAGCUCUCAUCAUGCCAGCCAAAGGGAAAUACCUGCUGAACGACCAAGAGCUCAAACAGGAAGCACUGUACAGGAAGUUUUCCGGCAUCAGUCAGUACCAGCCGCUGGUGCUGCUGCUGGGCCUCUCCAUGCUGUCCUGUGCCAUCCUACUCAUCCUUUUCUUCUCCCUCAGCCUGAGUGCGGAGAAGCACAAGGCGUUUGUGAGCGUGGUGAGCUGUGGCCUGUGUGUGUUCCUGGCCGUGUUUGUGUUGGUGUGCACCGAGGUGGUGUCCCAGCGCUGGCGCCGGCUGCUGGGCCUGCUGGUGUGGGCCACGCACCUCACCAUGGGCUUCACCUUCGUCUUCAGUGGGGAGCACAUCUGGCCCUGGGACCAAGUGCCAUUCUUUCUCUUCAUCAUCUUCACAGUUUACACCAUGCUGCCAUUCCAGAUGGCCUAUGCAGUCAUCCUUAGUGUCAUCACCUCCGUGUCCCAUAUCAUUGUUCUGAGCCUACGAUUGGCUGUCUUCUACCCCUCCGACAGUCAACCCCUCCCUCACUUAGCAAAUCAGAUACUUUCCAACGCUGUAAUAUUUCUGUGUGGGAGUGUGGUGGGAGCCUUCCAUAAGAUUCUGAUGGAGAGGGCUUUGUGGCAGACCUUUAAGGACACGCUCAGCUGCCUGAGUAUCCGCAUGAAGCUGGAGAUCGAGAAGAGACAGCAGGAGAACCUGCUGCAGUCCGUGCUCCCAGUCUACAUCUCCAUGAAGAUGAAGCUGGCCAUCAUGGAGAGGCUGCGGGAGUGCAAGGACAAGGAAGAGCAGCAGCGUCUGGUCAAAGACAACAACUUCCACAGUCUCUACGUGAAGAGACACGAGAAUGUCAGUAUUCUCUACGCGGAUAUUGUGGGCUUCACACGACUGGCUAGUGACUGUUCUCCCAAAGAACUAGUGAUCAUGCUCAACGAGCUCUUUGGGAAGUUUGACCAGAUCGCCAAAGAAAAUGACUGCAUGAGGAUAAAGAUUCUUGGAGACUGUUAUUAUUGUGUGUCUGGUCUGCCUGUGUCUCUGUCCAAACAUGCCAAGAACUGUGUGAAGAUGGGCCUGGACAUGUGCGAGGCUAUUAAACAGGUGCGCGAGGCCACCGGCGUCGAUAUCAACAUGCGUGUGGGUGUGCACUCUGGGAAUGUCCUGUGCGGCGUCAUUGGCCUGCGCAAGUGGCAGUUCGACGUGUGGUCACAUGACGUCACCCUGGCCAAUCACAUGGAGUCAGGGGGUUUGCCCGGGCGAGUGCAUAUAACGGAGUCCACCCUUAAACACCUGAACAAGGCCUACGAAGUGGAGGAGGGCAACGGCCCAGAGCGAGACCCCACCCUGAAGGAGCUGAAUGUGCGCACCUACCUAGUGAUCGACCCCAGGUCCAAGGACCAGACGCAGAACAAGAGCACCGCCAUAAAGCCACGUGUGAACGAUGGGCUGAAGAUGCGGGCGUCUGUGCGAAUGACGCGCUAUCUGGAGUCCUGGGGGGCCGUCAAGCCCUUCGCCCACCUGCAGAGCCGUGAAGGCUUUCCCACCGACACCAUGGUCAACAGCAAGGCACGCUGCAAGGACAUUCCAUUGAGAACACCGCAAUGCCCUAAAAUCUCAGAAAGCUUUGAUGAGUCUCUAGAGGAGCCCUUCUCCUUGCCUGCCCCUCCGAUGAGCACAUAUAAAAACAAAUCUCAGAAGAGCAAGUUUGAUGAGGAGCUUCACAAUGAGAUGAUCACUACCAUCGAUGAGCUGAGCUCCAGCAAGCAGUGGGUUAAAUCCGAGGAGAUCCGCAGCCUGACCAUGUGGUUCACUAAGAAAGAUCUGGAGAAGCAGUACAGAGCCAUCGACCUGCCCAGCUUUAAGUACUACAUAGGAUGUGCCACAUUCAUAUUCUUCUGCAUCUUUGUGGUCCAGGUGUUUGUCACCAGGGAUCCUGACAGCCUGGCCAUUGGGUUUGGGGUGCUGUCGUGUGUCCUUCUGUUGACCCUGGGCAUCUGCUUCUCAGGGCAUUUACAGCGCCUGUUCCCUGAGAAGCUUGCCUCCUGCCAGUGGCUCCCUGCCGUCUCUGAGGCCGUGGUGAAGAGACCCUGCGUGCGCCUUCCACUGGCAACUAUCGUCACGGCGAUGAUCAUCAUCAUGGCCCUUUUUAAUCUAUGCUUUCUCACAUCGCCUAGGCCUGCACAGUGCAGCUGUGGUUUGGACCGGGGUAAUAACAGCACCUCUCACACAGACAGUGAGCUAUACUACCUACCUUACUCGGUGUAUAGUUGUAUUCUUGCGCUGAUAGCCUGUGGGGUGUUCCUGAGGAUGAGCUUUGAGCUGAAGGUGUUGUUCCUGUCUGUGGCCUCUGCGGCUUACUACAUCAUCAUCUUCUACUCACAAGAGUGUCUGUUUACAUGCUAUGGCAAGAUCCUCUAUAAUGCCACCAACGGAAGCAGUAAUGAGGAGGUCUUGAGGGUGGCAGGACUCAUCAAACACCCUCAAAUAAUGAGCUGCAUAUACAUCACCCUCUUCCUGGUCACCAUGCUCCUCAUCUCUCGACAUAAUGAGCACUGCGGCCGUCAGGACUUCCUUCUCAAGAACAAGAACCGCACGGAACAGGACGAGAUCAUGACACGGGAGAACCUGAACCGGCUGCUCUUGGAGAACGUGCUGCCGGCCCAUGUGGCUGCACGCUUUGUUGGGGAGAACAAGAAGAAUGAGGACCUUUACUACCAGUCUUAUGACUGUGUGUGUGUGAUGUUCGCCUCGGUCCCAGACUUCAAAGAGUUCUACACGGAGUGUGACAUCAACAAGGAAGGCCUGGAGUGUCUGAGGCUUCUGAAUGAGAUCAUCGCUGACUUUGAUGAGGUGUUGUCAAAGCCGAAGUUCAGCGGCGUAGAGAAGAUCAAAACGAUCGGCAGCACGUACAUGGCAGCAGCGGGGCUCAGUGCAAGUCCUGGCCAGGAAACGAAUCAGGAGAGGCAACAGGCGCAGAUUGGGAACAUGGUGGAGUUUGCCAUUGCUCUGAUGGGAAAGCUGGAUGGCAUCAACAGGCACUCCUUCAACAGUUUCCGGCUACGCGUCGGUAUUAACCAUGGACCCGUAAUAGCUGGGGUCAUAGGGGCCAGAAAGCCUCAGUAUGACAUCUGGGGAAACACUGUAAAUGUCUCCAGCAGAAUGGAGAGCACUGGGGAGUUGGGCAAAAUCCAGGUGACAGAGGAGACGUCGGACGUCUUGCAGAAGCUGGGCUACUCCUGCGAGUGCCGGGGCCUCAUCAACGUCAAGGGGAAGGGCGAGCUGAGGACCUUCUUUGUGUGCACGGACAUGAGCAAGCAGGGUAUGGGCCUGAGCUGAGGCAGGGGUCUCUCCACCCACCAUCAACAGCAAGUGAAGCUGCUGCAGAAACGGUUACCUCCGGAAGUUCCAUUACAAUAUAUCCAUUUGACGUGAAAAGCCUGUUAUUCCAGACCAGAGCUGAACUAUUGCCGCAGCAAUCCCAGUGCUCGAAAAAAUUGUCCUCACUGCUAACAAUGGAGUGGGGAACAAAGAUGGAGAACAUUUUGGCUUUUGCAUAGCGGUCUGCUGUUUCCCCCCCCCCCCUCCUGCUCUUUUGGCCUGAGAGCACACUACACCUCAUGGCCUCUGUUUGAUGAUCUUUGUGGGAACACCAACACAACACCAUCUUGGAUUUACAGAUAGUAGUCAGCAGGUGGAAUUGCAGGAUACCACUGAGAUUAACAAGCCUCUGUAUUUUUCUCCCCUCAAGAAUGACUGGGAACCAACUGGCCUGAGCACUGUUCAAACGCUGUUUGUCAAAAUACUGAAGUCGUUCUUGAUACCAGAAAGACCAUGACCGUGUAUCUCUAGAAGUGAUCUUUUUCAAUCUGACACUUGUGACAGGAUUUGAUAUUUAUACACGGCACAUGACAUUUAUACGUAUAUGCCAAAUAUGUGUAAAUGCUGAAGGACCGCCAACUAUGGACAAUUAACACGGGCUCGGUCCAUCUGUUACCGUGUAAUGUACAACUGCAGUGUGACAUCUCGACUGAAUCCAAGAUUUCAAAACACUGUUGAGGGGGGAGGGGAGAUUUUGGAACAAGGAAAUGAUGGCCUUUUAGCCUCAGUCAUAGAUGGAGCAAGAUCUCAAAAGGUUAAAUAAGAAGUGGGAAGCCGAACCCAUCAUACUUUUGUCAGCAUGUGAAAAUGACUUCAGUAUGUUCUGCACCUUUUGUCCAACUCCAAUUUAGAGUCCCCUUUCUUGGAGCUGCUCAUGUGUCUUGUGUUGCACUCAACAUCUUCUGCUUUUAACUUGUCGGUUUUGACAUCCUCUGUAUCCUUCUCUGCCUUGUCUUUGAGAACGUGGGCUCCGUGCUGGUCUCGGCAUACGCUCAGAGGGAAUUGCUGGUCAAUAAGAGAUAAUAUUGUUGUGUAUUUUUGGCUUUCCUGGAAGCAUUUAUUGCUAUGGGCAUUAGUUGAGCCAGGGACCAAAAAAGAACAUUUCUAUGUGCCUCUGGGGGGAAAAAAAUGGUCUUGUGUACCUUGGUUGCAUAACUUUUGAGUGCAAAACUUUCUAACUGUAAAUGCUGUGCUGCCUUCUGUGCUUUUUAUAAGCAAUAGCUUUGAGGAACAUUGUGUGCAUCUCCCCAACAUUUUGUAUAGUAUGUGUGUAAUAAAUAUAUACCAUGUCGGGCGUUACUUCA